GGCGGAGUCCCCUCUGUCACCACACGGGGUAACACAAGCCGGCUGCGCGCGGCGCCGCACGGAGGGGGCUGCUAUGCCAGCAGAGGGACAAAACGCGGUUACAGAGGAAAGUGAAAGCCAUCAGAAUUAACGGUGGUCUGGAUACCAGACUCAAUCAGGGGUCUGCGGAUGUUAAAAUGUAGCGCUGUUGCUAUAGCAGCCUGUAGCAACACAGACACCGGGAAGAUGGAGUACAGCACCGCCGCGCGUUUCCACGACUCCGGGACACAGUUUAGAGCGUACGAAGACUACCUGGACUCCAGGGUCACGCCAGUGGAUUUAUUUUACCUAAAGAGCAGGGAGUUGGCUCGUAAGCUGGUGGAGCACGGCCACAAGGGCACGGUCCUGAGCAGGGAGGAAUUUGAGGAGAAGAGAGCAGCUGCGCAGGCUGCAGAGGCUGCGAAGAGCGACGCUUUGUACAACAGGAGCCGACCGAUGACACAGGCAAGUGCAGGAAAAGAACUCAAAGAUAACUUCCUGAAAGCCCUGGCAGAACGAGAGGAGGCCAACCGCAGUGGGAGAAUGACUUCGGUCAUUUUCAUAAGGGAUCAUAAUACUCUCGGACAGGAAGUAUCUGGCUAUAUAGACUACGCCCACAGACUCAAGACCCAAGAUUUUGAACCAUAUUUCAACGGAAAGAAGAGGCUCAUGCCAGGACACUCGGAUUUAUGCUACUACAACUGGAAGACACGGGUGUCCACGUCCAACUCGAGCCCUAACUUUGAAGUGAUUUAUGACGACCCCCACGGCCUUCUCUUUAAGAAUAAGAGGGACAAAAAGAUCCUGAAUGUGGACCCCUUGUCUAGACCCGGUGAGGACUCCAAAAGGACAUUCCUACAGUCGGACCUCUACAUCCAUGUCGUCAUCUACGACCACAACAUCAGGACGGUCUAAGCUUCAGAAGCUGCUGCCGCUGACACGUUCAUACAUAUUGCACAGGUUGGAAAGCACUGGAAAGGCUCUAAUUUGACUCAGUUGUUGUGGUUGCACCAUCAUUUACAAACAGUUCCCGUCAUAUCAUGCAUGCCAUCUGGGUGGAGGUGCUGAAGUAAAAAAAAACAAAAAAAAACAGGCUUUAAACUGAGGAUUCCCAGAGGAAGAAGUGAGUGGACCAGUUCAACAACUUGGAUGUUUCCUUGAAAAUAACCCGAGGUUUUAUGUUACUUCAGAUUUUGUGACAUUAUAGGGUUAUUACACAAUAAAAAAAAAUUAUUUUAGAAUUGGCCCCAAAUUCUUUUUUUUAUUCAAUGCUAUUAGUGGAGACCAAGGCCCAGUUUGGCUCAGUUUGUUUGGCAUUCCCUGAGCAGCAGCCUUAGUUAGGGGCAGGAACCUGCUGGAGGACCCUGGGCUCGUUCCCUGGUUUGGCCUGGCAUGUUUUGGGCUGUUUGUCUAAACAAAUUAAAAGCGUAAGAGCUUUGAAAGAUGAUGGGGGUUGCUUUUAUGUCCUCCCCCAGGCUGCGGUAGCUCCAGUUGGACUGGAAGAAUGGGUAAUGGGCUUAAAGCAUUCCGCAUGUUCCCAGAUGCAAGGCACACUUUACAGGACAUCAAAGUGCUCUAUCAUUUACAUAUUAGUCAUUCGCUGAGACAUUCUUUUAAUGGAGGACAACUCUACAGCUCUACUUAUUUAGAAAUUAUUUAGGAAGGACAGAAGACCUUUAGGGGGCUCAUUCCCUUUUUAAUUUCUGGAUUUUAAUUUUUUUUGCUUUUGUUAUUUAAAUACAUGGUGGGAAUGUGUUCCACCUCAACUAACCUUAUCUAUGUCUUUAAGAUAACAACUUACAGGACCUUUGUCAUUUGUUCAUAAAUUAAUUUUCUGUAGACUGGCAAAACACUGUGUUUUUUUUCCCAUUUAGUCACAGAGAAACAUCCUGCACAUCUACCAGCUGGGUGGAGGCACUUUUGUACAGUUCUAACCAUUAGUCAGCUCCAGACUCAGCACCGCACUUGUCCUACUUUUUUUUGGAUUGUUCCCCAGAAUGCUGUUAAUUGAAAAUUUAAAAUGUAGGUAUUCAACGUAGUCCUUUGUCGAUGUUCAGUUGCAAAAAAAACAAAAUUGUUUUCUGAUGAUUAAGUCACUUACAAAAAUGGCAUAAUGGGAAAACAAAAUCACAUUUCAAUGGAAAAAUAAUAGUCUUUAAAACAGUAGUUUGACAUUAUUUUCGGGAAAAAUGCGUAUUUGCGUUCCGAGAGCUAGAUAUAUGUACGGUCGAUAUGAAGUUAAAGCCAGUGGCCAGUUAGUUUAGCUUAGCAUAAGGACUAGAACCAAGGGGAAACAGCUAGCCUCUCCAAAGGUAUCAAAAUCCACCAACCAGCACCUCUAAAGCACAUUUUCUAUUCCACAGUCCUAGGGUAGCUGUUUACCCCUGUUCCCAGGCUUCAGAGUGAGCUAAGCUAACUGUCUCCUGGCUGUAGCUUAAUAUUUAAUGCACAAACAUCA